AAGGUCUCUGCUCUGUGUUUUCCCCACCUUAGAAACCGACCUGAAGGCAAAGUGCUGGAGGCGGUGGGUGUGUUUGAAGCGCCAAAGCAGCAGGGCAAAUACGAGACAGGACAGUUAUUUCUGCACAGCGUCUUCGGGUACCGGGGGAUCAUCCUGUUUCCUUGGCAGGCCAGGCUGUACGAUCGAGACGUCGCUUCUCCAGUGGCUGAAAAGGGCGAGAACACAGCUGGCCACGGAUCCAAAGAGGUGAAAGGCAAGACACAUACGUACUACCAGGUGCUAAUUGACGCUCGGGACUGCCCACAUAUCUCCCAGAGGUCGCAGACAGAAGCGGUGACUUUCUUGACAAAUCACGACGACAGCCGAGCCCUCUAUGCAAUCCCCGGCCUUGACUACGUCAGCCACGAAGACAUCCUCCCCUACUCAUCCACCGAUCAGGUGCCCAUCCAGCACGAGCUGUUUGAACGGUUUCUCGUGUACGAUCAGACCAAAGUUCCACCUUUUGUGGCAAGGGACACGUUGCUGGCGUGGCAGGAGAAGAACCACCCGUGGCUGGAGCUUUCCGACGUGCACCGGGAGACCACGGAGAACAUCCGCGUGACGGUCAUCCCCUUCUACAUGGGCAUGAGGGAAGCCCAGAAUCCCCACGUUUACUGGUGGCGCUACUGCAUCCGCUUGGAGAACCUGAACAAUGAGGUCGUUCAGCUCCGGGAGCGGCACUGGCGGAUCUUCAGCUUGUCGGGGACGCUGGAGACCAUCCGUGGCCGGGGAGUCGUGGGGCGAGAGCCGGUCUUAUCCAAAGAGCAGCCAGCCUUCCAGUACAGCAGCCACGUCUCUCUGCACGCAUCUAGUGGCCACAUGUGGGGGACUUUUCGGUUUGAGCGAUCCGACGGCUCCCACUUUGAUGUCCGGAUCCCACCCUUUUCCCUGGAAAGCAAUAAGGAUGAAAAGACGCCCCCCUCUGGCCUCCACUGGUAGAGCAGCCCUCAGGAAACACCCCCCCCUCGGUUCCACCCCUCCUUCGGUUUCCAUUCUUUUUCUUCUUCCCUCAAGAGGCCUGCAGGUAGUUCUGUCAAUCGAGAGCCAUCUCAGAGUCCCCUCGCUCUCUUCUUUUUCCUCCUUCUUUAUUAACUGUUGCUGGAAUGUGGGGGAUUUGGGUGGGAGUGGCUGGUUUCAGGGUUCCCUGGCCCCGUCCACAUCUCCCUCCCCAGGGUGCGCCUUCUGGACUCGGAGCUGAGAGACUGUGAACCGAGGUGCUACAGCCGGAGUCUUGAAAGGUGCCCACUCAAAUCUCCUCCGGGCCCUUCAGAGUGUGAGGGGGUGCGUGCGAGUGUUUUCUCUGAAUAAACAGGCCCUCCCCAGUUCCAUCCGGUCUUCCUUUUGUGAAUGCCCCGCCGCCCCCAUCCAUCCAUCCUGGUCCAUCAGGCUGAAGCCUAGCCCUUCCCAGCUGCUGUCUGUUUCCCUCUCCCCCUCCCGCCCCCUGGGGGCCAGGAGGGAGGCAGGAGUGGGGACCACACAGCUGCUCUGCUCUGCCUGCCGCCUUUCCCUGUCACCUCUCAAUGCCCUCCUCCCGAUGGCAGGGGUAUCUCCCCAGAUGUCUUCUUUUUUCCUCCUCUCUUUCUCCUCUCACACCCCUCUCUCUGUUCCCCUUGGAGGGUAGCUCUUUUCUGUGACCCUCUCUGGAGCAGAACCCAGAGGGGUGACUCAAGGAGGAAACCGGCAGCCAGGUUGCUCCAAACAGCAGCAGGGCCAAGGCAGUCCGGAAGCGGAGCCUCUCUGAGGUUCACCCGGGUUGUCUCUGCCCACCGCUCCCCUUUGGCAGACUCGCCGCAAGGACCGCGAGCGCCCCGUGGGGUGGCAGGAGAGGGCCAGCCUCAGAAGAGGCUCUCAGCCCGUUUUUUGGUCUCUGGCUCAGCCGCGCUCUCGGAUGGAGCGGCAGGGAUGGGUGGCAGGCGAGGCCCCCGGGCGUUCCUUUCCUGCCCAGCCUUCUUCCUUCCAGAAGGUACCGGCCUUGUCUCCGUUUGCAGGCUGUUCCAUCUCCGUAUAGCCUUGGGUCUUGUGAGCGUCAAGCCUAGCGUAGAUGCCCAAGGGGACUGGGAGCUGUUGGGUGAGGUUGCUGAGAACUUGCCCUGGCGUGGCUUGUAAUGCUCCCUUCCCCUCCUUAGUUUCUGCUCUGCUGCUCUUGAUCCUUCUGCCUGCUGGUCGGCUUUUAUUUAAACACACCCCGUCCCAGGACUCCCCCUUCGGACCUGCUCAUGGCCGGGGGAUGCCUGGAAGCCGGCAGCGCCCCCUUGAGGCAUGUGAGACACGAGGGCGAGCCCCCCCCGGCCUGAGGGCCAGAGGGGAGGCCUCCACGACCUGGCGAAUGUCUCUCUUUACUCGGCUCUCUUUAUUUCUUUAGGGCUGCUCCCCCCUCCGCCCCUCCCACCCUGAUCAGGGAAGGGGCAACACCUUCCUCAGCCACGUUUGCGCUUCCAGAUGUUGCCAGAGGUUGGCCUGGUGAUGUAAAUAACUGUAAAAAAAUUAAAAAAAUAAAAAUUAAGCCGCUCUUCAA